AUGUUUCCUCCAUUAAAAUCGAAGCAAGUCUUAAACGCAGAUCUGGAUCUCUCAUCUCCAAAAACACAAAGAACAAGAAAGAGCUCACAGGAUAAUAAAAAGACAAUUAAGAGCAGACCAUUACCUAAAUAGUAAUCGGUCUAUUUAUAAGUCAAUGAGAGCUAGCUAUUCAGAGAUUGAAAGUAGACUAGACCAGGCCGGCCUACAAUGUGUUUCAAAGAAUAAUAUUUUAACUGCUAGACAAAGCGUUGAUGAUAUUUUAAAGGGAGCUAAAGAUAGCCGGAGACAACUCACAAACCUUAAAACAAUUAAACAAAUAAAUCCUUUGAAUGAAGAAAUCCAGAACGAGCUUUCACUUCAUAGAAAAGCAAAAUCGACAAUAUCCCCUUAUGACCGUAUUAAGUUUAGUUUAAAGAGGAAAUAACUACAUGCUUGUCAAAAAAGUACCUAAAAAGCUCAUGAAAUCGAGGAAAUAAGUUUACUGUAAAGCCAGCCAAGACUACUGAAGGUGAGCAUAAUGCUCUUGUGGAGGUCGGGUUCUCGAACAUUCCUGAACUUAAAAUCCAAAACCCUUAUUUAAAAAGGCAAGAAAGGAUUGCAUUUGAACAGACUUCAGGUGAGUUUGCAGGGAAAGAUCUCAACUUCUUCAAGGAUAUUCGACUCAAGGAGAAUGAUAUGAGUUUGAAAGAGCAAGAUUCUGUCGAACCUCAAUUUACUUCAACUUUUAAUGCUUCUAUUCCAUUCAAGGACACCUUUAUGGACUUGUCAGAAACUAGUCCUGCCAACCAGGGAAUCUCCACAAUAUAUAAUGAGACUUCUAGGCAGUCAAAGUUGUUGGAGUCUAAUGAAGAUGACAAAAAUAAUUCUAGCAACGCUAAUAAUAAACCAUUUCUAUUUAAUCCAGAAAAGGCAAAAAUUGCAUUGAACGACACUAAGGAUAGUCCAAAUCCUAAAAAGGUGAAAUUAAAAUUAAGCAAAAAGAUUCCAAGGAAGCCUAAAGAAACGAAAAAUAAAAUUACCAUAACUGCUCGGGAUAGAGGUAUUGUAUUUGCCAAAGGAAUUAAGAAGCCUAAAUCCAUGAGGGACAUGAUCCCGAAAAAAUAUUCAAACGGAAAAGUAAAAAUGAUGGACGCAGAUCUUAAUACAAUAAAGGAUGAAGGAGAGCUUGAAGAAGCUAGCUCUAUAAAAUCCAUUCCAAGAUGUGUCAUAGAUCCUAAUAAAAUGAGAUUAGUAGAGCAGACAAUCAGAAUGCUCAAUGAAGUUUAGUUCCAUACUCAAUUUUUA